UAACAUCACUAUAGGUACAGGGGUUGGGGCUGGAAAACCGCCUACGCUUACGCCUUCACGCAAUUCUCGACCGAAACCAAUCUAUUUAAAACGCUCAAUUUCCCGCGUCCCGUCGGAAUUGAGAUGUUAUACAUAAAUACAUCCAAGCAUUCCCUUGAAAUAAUCAGUAGAAAUCGUCUCUGGGCGCGAUUACACUUGUGCCGUUUCCUUGUGCAUUUUAUAAGUGAUUCAAUGACGAGAACGUGUUCCAUUUAGCAGUGACAUACAAUUUUUGUAUAUAAUAUUGAUUGUGAACCGUGCUUGUUGAAUACUGAAUGUGUUAUAAUGAAUUUAGUGGACGGAGCAAUGCAAACAUUGCACGAUAAGAGGAAAUAACGAAUCUAUGCUAAGGAUACAGCGCGGUGUAUUGAUGUUUAUGUGGAGCGCACGACCGGUGGCGACAUCUGGUGGGGUGAUGUGGUGGGAAGAUGUGGCGCGGGUGGCGUUGCCUUCUGGUCAUGUUGAACGCAGUCGCCGCUCUAUCGCCCGUCAUUAAGAUUGGUGCCAUAUUCACGGAGGAGGCGCGCGGGGGCAGCGCAGAGCUGGCGUUCAAGUACGCGGUGUACAGGAUCAACAAGGAGAGGACCCUGCUGCCGAACAGCACCCUCAUCUACGACAUACAGUACACCACCACCAGGGACUCCUUCAGGACCUAUAAGAAAGCCUGCCUCCAGAUCAAGUCCGGUGCUGUCGCUAUCUUCAGUAGCGCAGGUCCACUGCUGGGCUCGACGCUCAGCGCUAUGUGCACCUCUCUCCACACUCCCCACUUCAAGGUCGCCCCUGAGCAUUACCCGUCCCAUAAUCAGACGGAUUCCUUCACGAUCAACCUGUUUCCACCUCGGGACCUAAUAGACAAGGCAUUCCUGGAUCUCGCCAAUUACCUUAACUGGACGAGGAUGGGGAUCAUCUACGAGGACUAUGGUUAUGGGGAGCUCAACAUCCUAAAUAUAGCACGAGACGGCCGCAGUAUGUAUGCGGUACGGUGCAGCUCGCCGCACGACUACCGGCGAGCCCUAACGCAGCUGAAGGCUCAGGACAUAGCGUAUAUCAUUGUUGACACCGACCCGAAGAAGAUGCACCAGUUGGCCAGAGCUAUUCUACAGCUGCAAAUGAACAACGAGAAUUACCACUACAUCUUCACAUCGUUUGACAUGGAACUAUUCGACUUGGAGGAUUUCUACUACAAUCGAGUGAACAUGAGUGGCUGGAGGCUGGUGGACCGAGGAUCUGAUAAAGUGAAAGAGGCACUCCAAGUCAUGGAGAAGUUCCACCCCAUUGGAGCGUCGAUACUUAGCGGUGGACAGAUUAAGACUGAACCGGCAUUGCUGUAUGAUGCUGUACAAGUUCUGGCCAUGGCUUUAGCGUCCACCGACGGUUUGCAGUCUGCCAACGUGUCCUGUGACAAGGAAACGCCAUGGAGUCACGGGAAGGCAUUAUUGGAUAGCAUAUAUUCUGUGAAAGCCCAUGGCCUCACAGGACCAAUCGAGUUCAAGAACGGUAGUCGAACCAACUUCACUCUACAACUGAUGAGGUUGUCAGGCGGCGAGGAAGGGGCAGUGGUACUCUCCGGACACUGGACACCGACUGAGGGUCUGGAGGUGACUGAUCCAGCCGCGUACAGAAGAGAUCCACCACCUAAUGUCACUCUUACAGUUGUUACAGUAGAGGAGAAACCUUACGUCAUGGUGAAGGAAGGUUGGAACCUGCAGGGCAAUGCUCGUUUCGAAGGGUUCUGUAUAGAUCUGCUGGCCAGGGUGGCGGCGAGGGCCGGCUUCCACUACAAACUGCGUCUGGUCCCCGACAACAUGUACGGAGCCAGAGACCCUGAUACUGGUCAAUGGAAUGGAAUCGUCAGGGAAUUAGUAGAUAGGAAAGCGGACAUAGCGGUCGCAUCGAUGACCAUAAACUAUGCUAGAGAAGCGGUCAUAGACUUCACGAAGCCUUUCAUGAAUCUCGGUAUUGGGAUAUUGUUCAAGGUGCCAACAUCUCAGCCGACCAGGCUGUUCAGUUUCCUCAAUCCGUUGGCCAUAGAAAUAUGGCUGUACGUGCUGGCCGCUUAUGUCUUGGUGUCAUUUACAUUAUUCGUUAUGGCCAGGUUCUCACCUUAUGAAUGGUCGAGCAGUACACACGUGUGUGGGCACGAGACGAAGUUGCUCACGAAUCAGUUCAGUGUAUGCAACUCAUUCUGGUUCAUAACCGGCACUUUCCUGAGACAGGGCUCCGGUCUUAAUCCUAAGGCUACCUCAACAAGGAUAGUGGGGGGUAUAUGGUGGUUCUUUACCCUGAUCAUUCUGUCCUCGUACACGGCUAAUUUGGCCGCCUUCCUCACCGUGGAGCGAACCGUCCUGCCGAUACAGAGCGCCGCCGACCUUGCUGCCCAGACCAGCGUGCAGUAUGGCACGCUGAAUGGUGGUUCCACCAUGACUUUUUUUAGGGAUUCGAAUAUAGACAUCUACCAGAAAAUGUGGCAGCACAUGUCGACUGCCUCCCCGCCGGCGUUGGUUUCCUCCUACGAGGACGGUGUGAAGAGAGUCCUGAUGGGGAACUACGCCUUCCUCAUGGAGUCCACGAUGCUGGACCACAGAGUCCAGAGGGACUGCAACUUGACGCAGAUUGGAGGACUGUUAGACUCAAAGGGUUACGGCAUAGCGACCUGGAAAGGUAGUCCAUGGAGGGAUAAAAUAUCCCUGGCCAUCCUGGAGCUCCAAGAGAAAGGUGUCAUACAGAUUUUGUAUGACAAAUGGUGGAAGAAUACAGGGGAUGUGUGCAACAGAGACGGGAAGGACAGUAAGGCGAACCCGUUAGGGGUGCAGAAUAUUGGCGGUGUGUUCGUGACGCUGUUAUGCGGUUUAGCGUUAGCCAUAAUGGUGGCCAUACUGGAGUUCUGCUGGAACACCAAGAAGAACGCGUCCCAAGGGCGGCAGUCGCUCUGUAGCGAGAUGGGGCAGGAGUUAAGAACGGCUAUGAGAGGCGGUUCAUCAACCAGAACGGUGUUAAGAGCAGGCUGCUCUAGAUGUUCACCAGCGACGCAUGUGCCACCAGCGCCUUCUAGAUAUGAGGAGACCCCGAACAGCAGCGUGGAGCUGAAGGAGCUGCGCUGGUCGUAGCGAGCGGCGCGGCGCGGCGGCUCGGCGCCCGCCUCGCCCGCGCGCGCGCGCUGCCACCACCACUCCUUCAGGCGCUGCCACCACUACAAUUCCGUCGGCUCGCUUCGGCGUACGACGUCGUAUGUAAUGAAAGAGCAAAGAGACCCUCCCAAGAAGCAUGUGCAGAUAUUAGCGUAGUUAUACAACGCGUUUUUGUAUAAAACAUUUAUAUACAUAUAUAUAUAAGAAUUAGACUCUUUGGCGGGACGUGGGAUACAUUUUGAUACAUUUUGUU